AUGUCGUAUGAGCAGGACCAGCGACCGCUAUCUGGCACGUACACGUCUCGCUCGACCAGCACUUACGGCCAAGUCAUCCCAAGACGAUCUUCAUUCGAACAUGCUUUGAUUCCCUCUUACCACUCUCAGUCCCGCUCGCGGAGUGCCACCACCUCGCGCAGCCCCAUGCGUGAUCAAGCAGCGCAGACAAUCGUCAUCCGCGCCCUACGUAACGCCGAGGUCGUCGACGGCACCAAGUGCGGCGUCAUCUUCACUCUACCACACCACGCCGGCGAGCAAUUUCUCAAGACGAUCGCCUCGCACAUGCGCCGUGCGAUGCUUUUCCACGCCCCACCCCCGGGGACCGUCCGAGCGUAUCCCCGAGCGCACUCUCUGGCCCCGCUGCUCGUCUGCUCCUCCAGCGCCGAGCUCGCCGACCGCUGCGGGACCCUCCUCCACGCGAAGCUGCUCUCGCGCGUUGCGCGCGCCGACGCGCGCCACGGCCGCUGGGGCGCGCUCAUCCGCGACCUCGGCGCGCUCGCCCCCGACUCCCCCAUCGCCGGCGGCGGCGACGACGAGGCCGCGCUGCGCGACGCGGUGCGCAAGGCGGCGCGCGCCCCCCUCGAGCCGUUCAUGGCCCCGCCCGGGUCGCGCUCGAUCGCGCGCGUGCUCGCGGACGCGCGCGCGCGCCUGCAGCGCCUGCCGCCCGCGGACGCGCUCGCGGAGCUGCAGCAGUCCGUGCCGCUCUACCCGGUCGUGCUCGUCGACAUCCGGCCCGAGGCGCAGCGUGCGAAGGAGGGCUGGAUCGAGGGCGCGCUCGCCAUCGAGCGCAACGUGCUCGAGUGGCGGUUCGACCCGCGGUGCGCGGCGCGGCUGACGAUCGCGGACCGGUUCGACUUGAAGGUGAUCGUGAUGUGCCAGGAGGGGUUCACGAGCAGCCUGGCGGCGGCGGCGCUGCACGACAUCGGGCUAUUGAACGCGACGGACAUCAUUGGAGGGUACGCGGCGUGGCGCGCGGCUGGGCUGCCGGAAGUGGUGGAGACGUCGUCCACGGCGCCGCCCACUGAGGUGGGGGUGUCGGUGCCGAUUGAGCACGAGGGCGGAGGGAUAGAGUAG